AAAGGGCAAAGAUGUGGUGUUGUCGGUAAACUUUUUGCAACUCUGAAGAAACGUGAAGCUGAAGGUCAAUUGAUUGUUGUCAAAACCUCUAAAACAUGCAGCCUCUGUUUCUAAGAUGAUAUGCAAAUUGUUGAUACUCCUGGAUUCAAGGGUACCGGAGUUCUUCAUUGCAAGCAAUGUCUAAAGCUAUGGCAGAGAGACAUUAACGCCGCUAUUAACAUGAUGACUAUAUCUCAAGCAGUUUGGUCCGGAGCUGGAAGACCCGACGUUUUCAAGCCAGCGAAGAAUAAGAAAGUAUCGCCGUAAUAAACACGGUUUUCCUUAUAUUUUAAGGAUUUAGAUCUUUACAGGUGAGGAAUAGUACCGUUUUUUUUUUUUUUUUUUUUUUUUUUUUGCACUACUGACAAGCUUUUG